AUGGCACAACCACCCGGUUUUGUCCAUCCAGAUUUUCCUAAUCAUAUAUGCAAACUUCAUAAAGCAAUAUACGGUCUUAAACAGUCUCCUCGUGCCUGGUAUGCUACUCUCCGGACUGCUCUACUAUCUCUUGAUUUCAUAGAAUCAAAAUCUGACACGGCUCUCUUCACGUAUCAUGCACCUCAAAUAACAACAUACUUUUUAGUAUAUGUGGACGAUAUUAUUCUCACAGGCAACUCUAAAUCGUUUCUAACAAAAAUUAUAUUUCAAUUAAAUAAAUUAUUCCCUGUUAAAGAUUUAGGUCAAUUACAUUACUUUCUUGGAAUGGAAGCCACUCGUACCAAAGAUGGCUUGUUUCUUUCUCAAUCCAAGUAUAUUGACGAUAUUCUCACUCGGGCUGAUAUGAUUCAAGCAAAGCCAUUACACACUCCCGUCUCUGCUGGCUCAUCCCUUUCUAAACAUGAUGGUGAUCCUUUAUCUGAUCCGUUUCUUUAUCGUAGUAUAGUAGGGGCUCUACAAUAUCUUACACUAACUCGUCCUGAGUUAGCCUUUGCUGUCAAUCGAGCUUGUCAAUUCAUGCAAACUCCCACAUCUUCUCAUUGGGGAGCGGUUAAACGUAUUCUUCGAUAUCUUCGUCAUACUCCUCGUCAUGGGAUCUUUCUUCGUCCAAAUUCACAAUUCACUCUUGUUGCUUACUCUGAUGCUGACUGGGCAGGAUGUCCCAAUGAUCGUCGUUCAACAACUGGAUUUUGUAUUUUUUUAGGUGACAACCUCGUUUCUUGGAAUUCUAAGAAACAACAAGUAGUUGCUCGCUCUAGUACUGAAUCUGAAUACCGUGCUCUUGCAUAUACAACUGCUGAUCUUUGUUGGAUUCAAUCUCUACUUAGUGAACUUCGAGUUUCACUUUCUUCUUCCCCGGUUCUAUGGUGUGAUAAUAUUGGUGCCGCAUUCUUAUUAGUAAACCCGGUAUUUCAUGCUCGCACAAAACAUAUUGAAAUCGAUUUUCACUUUGUUCGGGAAAAAGUUACUCGUAAACAACUACUCAUCCAAUAUAUUCCCACUGAAGAUCAAGUGGCUGAUAUCUUCACUAAAGGUCUUUCUUCUCAUCGAUUUGCUCUUUUACGUAGCAAGCUCACGGUUUGUGCCUCACCUUUUCGCUUGAAGGGGGAUGAUAAAGUAUAUGUAGCACGAGAAGAGGAGGAUGGCGACGCCGAUGUGGCGGAGAAAGGCGACGAUGAUGCAACAGAGGAGGGCGACGGUGACGCAAAAGAGACAUAG